UCAAAGCGUGAAUCGAUAUCUUUCGUUAAGGUAGACGUAUAUAUAUAUAGAUUUGGGUAUACAUGCACAUGUAGUUUAAAAGUUUGAAUGGUAGAUAUCUAAGUGUUGCUUUUAAUACAAUGGAACCUGUGUCAAAGAAAUUAAAAGUUGAGGAUGACAGUUCAGCUUCUGCCCCAAAACCGUUCACACAGAAAGGGUCACAUGAUGACGAAGUUACAUUGGAUUUUGGAGAGGAGAAACUUUACGUCCCGCAAAUUUUUUUAUGUUUAGCCUCCCCAGUAUUCGAGGCAAUGUUUAGAAAUGAGUUUAGAGAGAAGAAAGAGAAACGUGUGGCGAUGACUUGGAAAUCAUAUGAAAACUUCCUUGACUUCCUGAUGUGUAUUCAUCCAAGAUAUCAAAAAGCAGUACACGAACUGAAUGUGCUUCGUAUUGUUCCCUUAGCUGAGGAGUAUCAAGUGACUGCGAUGGUAACAAAAUGUAAGGCUGCUAUGAAGUGGAUGUUGUCAAAAGCAGAGGAAACAGCCAAAGGAGGCGCAUUUAUCAUAGAAUUACAACUUCAACCAUUGAAGAAAUGUUUUACUGUAUUGCAUUCAGCAGUUUCUCUUAAUUACACAGACAUAUCGGUUUUAGCUGUCAAUUAUAUUGCCCAAUUUGGAUAUUGUCUGUACAAUGACACUGAUUAUAGUAAGAAUGAUGUAUUCCGUAAUAAUACCUUAGAUGGCAAAAUAAACAACGUGACGACAUACGGAGAAGUCCGAAAAGAAUGUCAAGCUUUAUUUAAAAGUCUGCCAGAUGAUAUUCGCUGCAAGAUUCUUUCAGAAAGAUUAAAGAAAGUCAAUAACAAUGAUUUUAAGUAUUAGAUAGUAACCAAAAUAAAGAUUUCACACAGUCGUAGUGAUUGAACUGUUGAAAUGAGUAUUUCAAAGAAACAAUUCACUGAACAACAAGGUAUAUAAAUUUAUAUAUCUUUGAUAGUCAAAGCCAAACGAACAAUGACCAGUACUGAUAUAAAUACAUGGGUGUAGAUUAUAAAGGCGAACAAAAAUUAUUUAAAAGAAGCUUCAGUAAAUUUAGAAAAUUUGAUUUGAACAAAAAUGUUUUACCUAGUAGCUGGCGCGAAUUGUAAGAAUAAAGAAAGAAACAAGA